AUGGGCAUCCCUGAUUAUGAGAUUCUGGAUGUUGCUCCUCUCUCUAUUAUUCCCUCCACGGACAUUGAUUUGAACCAACCCAUCUCCAUUGAUGCCUCCGCUUCUGCAUGUUCCAAUCAAGGUAAUCCCUCUAGUAUUCCGUCUGGUUCAACUCCUGUCACUAAGUAUAAGGAAGAAACACAUUAUACUGAUCGUGUUAUAAGAGAUAUAUUUACUAGCAUUCUUAAUGAAGGCCACUCUGUGAAGGGGGUUUCUACUCCCCUUGCUCAAAUAUAUCCCCCUCCUGAGGUUGAACAACCUAGUGGUAAGGGUGAUGGUUCCUCCAGUUCUGAAAAGGCCUUGGUUGCUGAAGGGUUGCGCUCUCUAGGGCAAACCGUGUCUGACAAAGGGAAAUUUGUGGCCUCUAACAUGGCUAAUGCUUCUCACUCUGAGAAGCAUGAUGAUGCAAAUGUUGUGAUUGAUCUAGAGGAUGGUAGCUCUGAUGAUCAAGAGGAAAGCUUGAUUCAUCACAUAAAGCCAAGUGUGGCUAAACGCAUGAAGACUCGCAAAGGAAGAUCUGUGGUUGAACUUAUGUCAGCUAGAGAAGCUAAGAAGACUGCUGUCAUUGGUCCCUCCAAACCAUGGAGCAAGGUUGAAAUAAAGAAGAGGAAGGUCAUAUAUGAUUCUGAGCUUGAAGAGGAUGUUGUGGAAGAUGUCCCUGACAUCUCGCAUGCGAAGAAAACUACUGUUAGGAAGUCUCCUGUUAAAGUACCUGUUGUUCAUUUGGAUAACAUCCCCUUCCAUCUUGAGGAUGGAGCUGCUAAGUGGAAAUUUGUGAUUCAGAGAAUGGUAGCUGUGGAAAGGGAAUUGGGAAAAGAUGUUGCUGAUGUGAAGGAGGUCAUGGACCUGAUACAAGCUGUUGGGCUUUUGAAGACUGUUGUUUGGUUCUCCCAAUGCUACGAAGGUUUAGUCAAGGAAUUUAUUGUUAAUAUUCUUGAGGAUAUUUCUGAUAAGAACAUCAAGCAGUUCUGUAAGGUGUAUGUGAGGGGCAUAAAUAAUGAGGGUGCAGGAAAAUUAGAGGUUACAGACAAUCAGCAUCUUUCAGCUGGGAAGUUGACUAUCAAGUAUGCUAUCCUGCAUAAAGUAGGAGCUGAUAACUGGGUCCCUACAAACCAUAUCUCCACCAUUGCUAAUACUCUUGGGAGGUUUAUUUUUGCUGUUGGGACAAAAGUGAAAUUUGACUAUGGUAGAUAUAUGUUUGAUCAAAUCAUCAAGCAUGCAACUACUAAUGCAGUUAAGCUGCCAAUUGCUUUUCCCUCUAUGAUCUAUGGAAUUAUCUUGAAUCAACAUCCUGGUAUUAUGUGCUCAAAUGAUUUACCUAGUAGGAGAAAACCAGCUCUGUCUGUGCACUACAAACUCUUUGAAGGUAGUCAUGUCGAGGAUAUUGUCAUGACAUCUGCCAUGAGGAGGCCAGUCUCAAAAGUUGGAGAAAUUGUUGAGCUUAAGGAGACAUGCAAAGAGCUAGGUGAAGGGAUUAGGGUAGCCACAACUAGAAAACAAUCUUUGGAAGCCUUGAUUGAAAGCUUGGAGCAGGCUGAGGGUGAAAAUGUUGAACAUGCUAAUGUCAGCCAUGAAGAAUAA